CUAAUUGUACAGUCUUUAGGACACAUCUCAUCAACUAUUUCAAUUCUUUAGCUUAAAGGCGCGCUUAUCGUACUAUAAUUCAUCGGUAUGAUUAACGUAGAUUUGAGUGUUGCGGCCGCGUUACGGAAGUCUGGUGGUAUAAUUAGUCUGAUGCCAAUGGGGGAUUCUAUUUACUUUGGAACUAAUAUUAAACAAGAACCUUUCACACUGUUGACUCUGACAGAUGAUCAGCGUUUCGCCAUUGAAAGGGCAAAGAAGUAUGCUUUAGAGCAAAGUAUUCAAAAUGCACUCAGCAAACAAGCAGCACAGCUACACCAACAGGACUUAAAUACAAUUAAAAGGAAUCAGGCACUUAUUCUUUUGAGUCGAAUUUAUGUUGGGUCAAUCAGUUUUGAAAUCGGAGAGGAAGAAAUCAGAAAAACGUUUUCACCCUUUGGACCGAUUAAGUCUGUCGCUCUUAGUUGGGAUACAGUUCUACAAAAACACAAGGGAUUUGCUUUUGUUGAGUUCGAGGUACCAGAGGCUGCUUCUUUGGCAUUAGAUCAAAUGAAUGGAUACACUCUGGCUGGCAGAAACUUAAAGGUCGGGCGACCAAGCAAUGCUCCUCAAACUGCUGCUUUAGAAGCCGAACUACGCGCAGAAGUUAGUACUAAGCCUCGUGUAUACAUUGCUUCAGUUCAUCCAGAGUUAACCGAGUCUGAUAUUCAAACUGUAUUUGAAGCAUUUGGAAAAGUAAACAGCUGCAGCUUGUAUCCAGAUCCUAAAUGUUCUGGUCGUCAUCGGGGAUUCGGUUACAUUGAUUUCGAAUCAGAAGAAGCUGCUAUCGCGGCCGUCUCAAGCAUGAAUUGUUUCGACUUGGCGGGACAACAACUUCGUGUUGGACGCGCACUUACUCCCAAAGGAGUUCCUCUUCCAUUCGAACUUAAUGCUAACAAAAGUUUAAACACAAUUUCCACUAAUCCAAUAUCUACUUCGGCCGUCGCGUUUGCAGCCGCAUCAAUUUCCGCUAAAGUUAUGACACUGUCAGCUGAGGAAAUUAGUUCGAACAGCCUUAAUGGAACAAAUCGUCCUACAACCUCCACUGGAUUUUCUGGACCUCCUGCAGCUGCACAAAAUCUCCCGCCUCCUGGUGUAUUUAUUCCUACUUCUGUAGGGGACAAUGUAACGUCAACAUCGGAAGAGAAGCAAAUAGAAGGUAAUUCUUUAUUAAAGAGAAUUUUCAAUCCGUUCAAAGAACGUUUUUCGUCUCAACCAAUAUAUAAUUAACUAGCCAGUUAUAUGAAAACAUUUUGAUUUGCUCUAUUUCCGCAACAUAAAAGACAAUAUGUAGAAUUGCAAAUAUCCCAUUCUGCUAACAAGCGUCAAAAGGGUGUACAUGGUAUGUUCACCAAGUACGCAGAUUGAUAAAAUGGAAAAGUUUAUAACACAAAACCUAAAAGACUGCACAUGUUUAAUGUUCCCAACGUAAGCUUUCCCCAUCAACCAUCUCUUGUCACGAUCCCGACUAACAAUCUCAGUAAACCAGUUCACUUGUUUAUUGAACAGAGUAUGUAAAUAAACUAAUUCAGUCGACAUACUGGGCUAUUCCUUUCAAAUGCUUAUCCUCCUCCCGAUCUUCUCUGUCAAGUCUGAUGAAAAGGGAUUAAUAUCACUUGUGAAUGAUAAAUGUUGCUGCUGUUAUGGCGAUAUAUAGAAAUAUUGGUAUGUAUAAGGUGACCGAUUAAACAAUCACUUCACGAGAGUGAGCUGAAUUACCAAUUAUUACGCAUCGAGAACAAACAGAACGUUUCUAUCAUUACAUUUUAAAUUAUCCAACUAAUAAAGGAGGCAGGAAAUAGGGAAUAAAUGGUAUAUUUUUCUACUGUUUUUAUUAAACUUUAAACUAAAAAUGCAGAAGAUAAAAAAAAACAAAAAGACAAAGAAAUGUGGUGAUAUUAAAGUACUUCAAGGGGUGUGGCCCCCUAAGCAAACCACUUGCUUCUGUUUAGGCGCCCGGGCAGUAUCCCAGUCCUCGCACAAAUCUAUUUGGUGCUUCCUUGUACUAAUGUUUGUGUUUAAAUAAAUAAGUACUUCAAGCAUGUCUUUGUAACUAAAACUCUCCGCAAACCCAAUAUUCUCUUCUGGGAUAGGUGAUAUGAUGAUCUUGGGGCUCUGCUAAGUAACUGAGUUACACUUGUGUAUAUAAGUUUGUAAUUAACUGAUGAUUCUACUUACUUUGAUUUAGAAAAUUGUUUCUAUGAUUCAAUUUAUCUGUCUCGUCUCGUAGAUAUCUUGUAUUGAACACAUUUAAGCGAAUACUAAAAUAGAAUAACUUAUUGUUGAUUUGUCCGAGCUAUAUAACUCUUCGUAACCAUGUUUUUGCGUAACAGACCUUGGAAACCAAGUAUAAAUGACGUAUUUUAUAUGGCUUCUUAGUAUCAUUUAUUGCAUCCUAUCCAGACCGGUGCAAGUUGUAACACACGAAUAUCACAAAGUUAAAACCCUCCUGAGGCAACUAUAGAACUUAUCAAUCAACGGGAUUCUUUUCGUAACUAAUUCCUAAAAAUCAAUUUCUGUGACUGAUUCAGCGUUUAUCAUUUUUCAAAGCUUUAUGCAUAGUACUGUCAUUAAAUCGAAAUGAAAUUUAUUUUUGUGAAUUUAAAUUUAUCUAACUCAUUGGUUUCUGUGUUAUUCAGAUGUCAUUUCCGUCACAACUGCAUCCGUCUGGGAUGAUGACGACGACUCGGCGAUCCCUGUCCCAACUGCUUCAGAGGAAAUUCCUGAAAUCCCCGCUGAAGAUCAGGUCGGGGAGCACACUGAAGUAACCGCUCACCUAAACGAUGUCGAAGACUCUCAAGAUGUGUUUACUAUUAGUAUGUCUAGGGUUUUAUUGCUCGAGAAUAUGGUAGGUGUUAAUGAAGUGGACGACGAACUUCAGGAGGAAGUAAUGGAGGAGUGUGGGAACUACGGUUCUGUUCUACGCGUUUUGAUUCAUAUAAUGACAAGUCAGGAUGUUCGCAUCUUUAUUCAGUUUGACCGAUCGGAUGACGCUAAAGCUGCUUGCUGCGCCCUAAAUCAACGCUAUUUUGCUGGUCGUGUUGUCCAAGCUCGUUUGUAUGAUGAAGAACGGUUCCAACUGCAUGAACUGGAUGACUAAGGAGUAUUCUAACUUAUUUUAUUGGUCGUAUUUCAGUCCGGAUUCAAUAUCAGUAUUUCUUAUAACAAUUAUGUACGCAUAUUUACGAUGUUCAUUUUGUUUGUCAGACUUAUUGUAUACUUCCUUAACCCUACAAUCUGUAUGUACAUAAAGCAAGGUUUAAUUUUAUAUUAAACAUAUUCCGAAUUAGUUUCCCUUUUGUCGUUUCUGAAUAUAUGGUCAAGUUACAUUCCCCUUGACUAUGGUCGAACUAAUAAUGAUUAUUCAUAUGUAAGCUUUUUGAUUAAUUCGUUACUAAACCACUUAUUUAACAAACUUGCAAGUUUUGUCGUAUUUCUUCAUACUAUUCAAGUGCACCCACUGAAUAUUUUGUGUGACUUCCAUGCGUUUCGUCUUCGGUGAAAUCUAAUGU